AUGUAUUAUAAAUUAAAUGUUGAUGGAUCUUGCUGUCACACUCAAUGUAAUUAUGGGAUUGGAGGAGUCAUACGCGACCAUCAAAGAAAUUGGAUCAUAGGAUUUGCAGGAGGUGUCCAACAAGGGAGCCCUACCCAAAUAGAAUUGCUAGCCCUCCUCAAAGGCUUACAGAUUGCUGCCAAACAAAAUCAACUGCCACUCAUUAUUGAGACAGAUGCACAAAAUGUGCUUGGUAUGUUAAACUCACCUGCCUUGAACUGUAUUAACAUUGUUACUGAUUGCAGGUCAUUACUCCAACAGCUGGAUAGAGCAUCUGUUCAAGUUAUCUAUAGAGAGCAGAACGGUGUAGCAGACACACUCGCUAAAUAUGGUGCAAUGCAUGUCCAGGAGCAAUGCCUACUUUUUGAAUCACCACCACUUUUUGCACAGUCUUAUUACCAUCAAGAUCAUCAGGGCAUACUCCAUCUCCGGAAAACUCGGCAGUCUAGUAGUUCUAGUUAUGUAAAUUCUACUGUAUGUACUAAACAACCUACUUUAGUAGCUUCUGCUCUCAUAUCUAGUUUUGCUACCCCAGUAGGGGGAAAUCUAUCAUCUAAGGAUCCUUUUGUACGAAUGAUGCCUUGUAGGCAUCCACCACUCUAA